ACAGAGGUAUGUUGAUUGUCUCGAACCUAAAGACCUGAUGCAGGAACAUUGGGAUCACGAAUGUAAUAAACCAAAGACUGAUUUCGGAAAAGCAAGGAUUAUACAAAGAGCUUGGAAAAAUUACAAACAGAGGCCUGAAUCAUUAGCAUCUCGAGCUUGGAAUGCAUUAAGAAAUGAUAAUACUCCCGAUGAAAAAUUUUUAGGUAUGAUCCCUUACAAAGUGAAAAAUCCUGCAUCUUUAGAUCGAAUGAAAUUACGCUAUACUGAAGAAUUUGCUGAAUAUAGAAAAAAAUAUAACAGAUUACCAUUUCAUAUUGAAUAUGAGAUUAAAACAUUUAAAGAAUAUAUUAUUCCAUAUGAUUGGAUAGGUUCUAAAAAGAAACAAUUGCGAAAUAGAUUCCAAAAACAACUUUUAGAAUUUGCAGUAUAA